UGAAAGUGAAAGUAAAGUGUGAAACUCCACCACCCGUUUCCUCCGUUAUUUCUGGAACAGACGUCGUGUUACAUUCUGUUCGUUGCCAAAUUAGCCUUUCGACAGUUUUGGUUUAUUUUUCUAAACUCCUAAUAGUUUUAUUCACCAGUUACAAACAGCUUUACCUUGGAGUCAGACUUGUUUUGUUCGUGAAAUGAAGACCUUUCCGACCUCGGCGGUCUGGUGUUUUGGGAUUCUGUUCAUCAGUGUUUCAUUGAUAACGACAGGGUCGUCUGAGGUUCAGGUUGUUGGACCGGCCGACCCAGUCGUUGCCUUAGCUGGUGAUGACGUCAUUCUGCCAUGUUCCCUGAAACCCAAUGUCAGUGCUGAGGACAUGGUAGUGCAGUGGACCAGAUUGAACCGGAAAGCAGAAAAGGUCCACCUUUACCUUGACAGUCGAGACUCCAAUGAGGAUCAGUCUCCAUCCUACAGGGGAAGGACAUCAAUGUUUCAUGAAGAACUGAAGAACGGCAUCGUCUCCUUAAAGCUGAACAGAGUGACUCUCUCUGAUACUGGAAGCUACAGGUGCUUCUUUCCAAAACUGACCAGCCUGGUGACGGAAACCACCGUUCAACUCUUUGUUGGUGCUGUAUCUCAGCCAGUGAUCUCUAUUGAUGGAACUAAAGGCUGGGGGGUGGUCCUGAAGUGUGAGUCUGGAGGCUGGUUUCCUGAACCUCAGAUGGAGUGGCUGGACAGUUCUGGAACCUUCCUCCCUGCUGAUGGACCUCCAGAGAAAUACAGAGACUCAGAGGACCUCUACGCUCUGAGACGACAUGUCACUGUGAACCAGACUGACACCAACAGGUUCACCUGUAGAGUUCACCAGACGGAGAUCAACCACCUGAAGGAGACAGAGAUUCAUGUCCCAGAUGAGGUGUUUCCUAAAUCACAAGUAGGGUUGAUUGUUGGUCUACUAAUAGCAGCAGCAGUUGUAGUUCUUGCAGCUUCAGUUGGUGUCUACAUGUGGAGAAAACAUAUUGAAGAGAAGAAGCGUAGAGAACUACUGGAAGAACAAGAGAAGGAGUGUAGAAAACUACUGGAAGAACAAGUGAAGGACUUCAAAUUGAAAAGGGACGUGAAGCGUGAUGCCAAGUUUGUGAAAAGAAACAUUGAUCACCUCAUUCAGAAUGUUACCAUGGUGACUCCCAUAGCAUUUUACUUGAUCCGUUCUGAGAUGUACUCUAAGAUCCAUGCUGCCAGGACCAGACAGGGGCAGAUGGAAAUGUUGUACGAGGCUCUAACCUUUGGAGGGGACCAUGUGAAAUCAGACUUUUACAGGAUUCUACUGGAUCUGGAACCUGACCUUGUCAACGACCCGGGAGCCAUAUUUGUGGACGUCCAUAAGGAUCAACUCAUUCAGAGGGUUACCAAGGUGAAGCCCAUCCUUCAUGAGCUGUUCUAUGAGGAGUUGUACUGUAACACCAGGAUCAACCAGAUGACCAGCCAGGAACAGAUGAGACAGUUGUACAUGGACCUAGAAGUAGCAGAAGACUCAAGAAGUGUGAAAUUAGACUUUUACAGGAUUCUCCUGGAUCUGGAAUCUAACCUUGUCAGAGACUUGGAUGAACUUCUAAACCUGCCAGGACAGCUGGACAAGCUCAAAAUAGAGACUGUAUCAUCUGCAGGUUCUAAUUGGACGGAAGACAGUGACUUUUAUGAAGUCAAUAAAAACCUGACUGUACAGCUGGACAAGGUCACAAUAGAGAGGGAUGAACUCAAAGAAGAACUGAGGAAAGCUAAAUCGGUCAUCCAAGUCCUCAGCUCUCAUCCAGAUGGUCAACAGACCCCUUUCCAAAAGCAUUUGAGUGCACAGCUGUGGAAAGCUAGAGAGACCAUCCAAUCCCUCUCCACCUCUCCAGGAGGUCAACAGGAAACACAGACUCCUUCCCAAAGGAAAGCUAGAGAGAUCCAAUCCCUCUCCACCUCUCCAGGAGGUCAACAGGAAACACAGACUCCUUCCCAAAAGUCUGAGAGGAUUGAAGGGAUGGAGAUGAAGUCUUUACCUGGUUCAGGGUCUUUACCUGAGAAGAGGCCUUUACUGGGUCCUGGACCACAGAAUGAUGAUCUGGAUGAGAUGGAGAGGGGAGGAAGAGUUACUAUAGACAAUAACUCUAUGCUAUAGGGUUACUAUAGAGAGACUAUAACUCUCUAUAGAGACCUGUCCCACCUAACAAAGCUGGGUUACUAUAGAGAGACUAUAACUAUAGAGCUGAGUUACUAUAGAGAGACUAUAACUAUAGAGCUGAGUUACUAUAGAGAGACUAUAACUAUAGAGCUGAGUUACUAUAGAGAGACUAUAACUAUAUGCUAUAGGGUUACUAUAGAGAGACUAUAACAAUAUGCUCUAGGGUUACUAUAGAGGGACUAUAACUAUAGAGCUGAGUUACUAUAGAGAGACUAUAACUCUAUGCUAUAGGGUUACUAUAGAGAGACUAUAACUUUCUAUAGAGACCUGUCUAACAAAGCUGAGUUUCUGAGUAUAUAACUGAGUGAUAUGAAUCUUGGUAAGACAAAGUCAUCUGAUAAACGUGUCAGUCAGUUCUCUAUAAUCCACUUUCAGUAGUUCUUUACUUUUUGAAGUUUCACCUCCCAUGUCUGUUAUGGGUUUAUAUCCAUUUCCUGGUUAUUCUAUAUAUGUUUUCCCCAUAAACAAUGUCUUUCUCAUCCCCCUCAGGAACUGAUAGAGUUGAAUUGAAUGGAAUGAUGGACUAAUGUCUCCUGGUAGGAUCUGUUACAGACUCUCUUAUGUCCAGUACCUGAUCAUCAGGUAUAUCAACCAGACCACAGGACUAAUGUCUCCUGGUACAGACUCUCUUAUGUCCAGUACCUGAUCAUCAGGUACAUCAACCAGACCACAGGACUAAUGUCUGCUGUUACAGACUCUCUUAUGUCCAGUACCUGAUCAUCAGGUAUAUCAACCAGACUAAUGUCUCCUGGUACAGACUCUCUUAUGUCCAGUACCUGAUCAUCAGGUAUAUCAAUCAGACCACAGGACUAAUGUCUCCUGGUACAGACUCUCUUAUGUCCAGUACCUGAUCAUCAGGUAUAUCAACCAGACCACAGGACUAAUGUCUCCUGUUACAGACUCUCUUAUGUCCAGUACCUGAUCAUCAGGUACAUCAACCAGACCACAGGACUAAUGUCUCCUGGUACAGACUCUCUUAUGUCCAGUACCUGAUCAUCAGGUAUAUCAACCAGACCACGGGACUAAUGUCUCCUGGUACAGACUCUCUUAUGUCCAGUACCUGAUCAUCAGGUAUAUCAACCAGACCACAGGACUAAUGUCUCCUGUUACAGACUCUCUUAUGUCCAGUACCUGAUCAUCAGGUAUAUCAACCAGACCACA